CAGAGGGAGGCGCCUCUCUGCCCAUUAAUACCUUUGAAGAGUUUUUUUUAGCCGCUGCUUAAGAGGUGAAUACACACACUCACAAACACUCUCUCUCACUUACACGCACACACACUCACACACUCCAGAGAGAGUUAAGCGUGUGAGGAUGAUGAAGUGUAAAGGAGCUGGAGUACCGCGUGUGUGAGUGUGUGUGUGUGUGUGUGUGUGUUUGAACCUUUGGGACAUGAGGAGCGGAGCGAAUCGGCGCCUCUCCGGUGGGAGAAGGUGGAGGAGGGGUCGAGCCAAGCGAGGACUGUUCGCAAUGUUAUCUGCAGCCACUGAUGCCACGUUUCAAAGAAACAACUGGAAGAUGGUGGUAUGGGUGCUUGUAUCCUUGCUGCCCCUGGUAGUAGGAGACAGGACUGGGUUUAGCGAAGACCCUGUGGAUGCAGUGAGUUUAGUUACCACUACCUUGGAUGAGCAGCCAUUUGAUGCUCUACCUGAAGAAGAGGAGGAGAUGGGAAAUGGAGACAGCCAUUCUCCUUGGCAUAGCAUUUUUGAACCCUCAGUUCUGGUAGAGGAGGAACAGCCUGCUCGGUGGGAACGUUCCCCACGUUCCUCGGAUGCCUCUGAUGCUCAGUCCAAGGGCUCACGCAAGAAAAAGAAGAAGAAGAAGAAAGAGAAGGAGAAGGACGAGGAUGAGGGGCGGGGCCAGAGCAGCCGUGACUGCCACCUGGAAAGGCGAGAGAUGAGAGUGAGGGACCUGGGGAUGGGUUACGACUCGGACGAGAUCGUACUCUUUAAGUUCUGCGUGGGUUUGUGCCAGAGUGCACGGGGAAAUUACGACGCUGCACUGCGGGCUCUGCUGACCAAUGGCAGCCUGCCCAAACGUACAGCUCGCAAGGUCAGCGCCAGGCCGUGCUGCCGACCCACAGCAUACAAGUCUGUCUCCUUCAUGGACACGUCCACAACAUGGAGGACCAUCGAAAAUGUCUCUGCCUUGGACUGCAAGUGUGUGGGCUAAGCUGGUAGCAGAGGAAAAGGAAAUAAAUCAAUCCCUCUCAAAAAAAUGGGGCAACGUGGAGAUGGAGGGAUUCCUGAAAUCUAGAGUACAGGAAUAGGAGGCAUUCUGGGAUGGAAGCUAUUCCAGUGGAAGGAGUCAUCAAGGCUUCUGUGACAUGCACCAUGUAUGCAUUCAGCCUUUUAUAUUCCAAAAACCAGCGUGAAAAGGCCCAGCGUGAUGCCGGACUCGCCGGAGGUUGAAGCACGGCAUGGAGAAGUUCUGUGGAAGGUAGACGACAGAGCCAGAAUGGAUACUGAUGGAUUGCUCACGAGGUUCUGAGAAACUUGGCAAGAAACUUUGCAGGACUAUAAUAACAUGGAACGUUCCAUUUGUCCGUUUGUUACUGAAGGAUGUCAGAUCUUUAAGUGUGUGUAUAUGUCCCGAAAACGGAUGAAACCAUUUUCUAUUGUUUGUGCAAAAAUGGAGUGUAAUUUCUGACAUUCAGGUUAACAUAUCAUACACUGCUUAAAUUCAGAAAAGAUAUAGUUAUAAUACAGGGUUUUAUAAACCCACAACACAGAAUUUGAACCAUUUCCAACACAAAGCUUUGGACUGUUAAAAGAACUGAGGAAAAUGUCUAUAAACACUUUUUAAACUUUCACACAAUCAAGUCAUUAGUUUUUGUGUAUUUAAUUUUACACUCAUGCUACGAGGCUAAUGUUUAGUAACUAGCAAGAUAACAAAACAAAAGUUAAAAGACACUGAUAUCCUACACAAACUGUUUUUUAAGAUUUAAAAGUGUGAUAUAUUGCCAUCUUUAUUGCCAUCAAUAUUAAGAAACAGAGUCUAGGAGGAUUAUGAUGCAAACUGACACCAAAUCUAGGGAAAGCGGUGAUUCUUGUUGUCCAAGAUCUCUGACUCUGUAAUGGUGAGAUUUUCAUGUUAAUGGAUUCAAUAAGUCACUAGCUAGUUCGCUAAGCAGAUUGUCUUAAGGUAAAUAAUCUUCUAAUGGAAAUAGAGACGGAUUAAAACUUUGGCUUUCCUGUUAGCUAAGGUUAAUGAUGUUGUUUCAAAGAAUGCUAAACCACAUGGGCAAUGAAAACAAAAGUGAACCAGCUAACCUGCUAAUUUAACAAGCAAGUUCAUGAAACUGAACUAGCUAGCUAAACAAGCUAAUUAAUAAAAUUAAGCUAGCUGAAAGUCAACUCAACGCGGGUAUUUAGAUUUAAUGGCGGAUGUUAAGACAACAUUCUACUAAGAUAAAAACAAAAAAAUGUAAGUUUUUUUCUCUGAGCUACAUCAAAAAAAUGCAAAGCAUAAAAUUGUCUUUUUCUCUUCAACUUUCCUUCAGUACUUGAGUAAAGAACAAAUUGUUAAGUACAACAACGAUGUAAAAUUUCUCAAGUAUUUUCCACCUCAACAGUUAGCAGUUUAGCUAGUAGUCAGUUACUAAUUAGCCUCAUAGCUACAGUGCAAACAUAAGACAGCGAACAUGGUUGAUUGUCAACAUUUAGGAAAAGUGUGAAAAGCCUGAUUUGUGACGCCUGACAGCUGAACUGCUCAGUCAGCGAUGUAACACCAGCAGUACCAUAGCACCAGGAUUAGCGUUUCUACCUGUUAUACCUGUCUGUCCUUAUUGUUGUUACCGACUGCAAUGCGUUUUAUCGCUGUGCUACGACAUGGAUGCUGUGCAUCUCUUAGCAUUUACUGUAUGCUUCAUAGGUCAAAUAUUUAUUUUUGCAUCUAACUUAUUUAUUUAUUCAUUCUUGUGUAAAAGGAUGUGUUUGACCCUUUACAUAUAUAUAAAAAAUAUUUAUUAACAUGUAUAUUAAUGUUUAUUUGCUUCAUUCCCACCUCAUUCAUUACCUGAAAUUGGCAAGGUUUGGAAAAAAUGGACACAAAAUAGAAGCUUUUUAAAGAUGUGAAGAGUGUGUUUAAGGAAUUUUAAUGGAGUUAAACUAACGUGUGUAUCAGUCACACCGAACUGCCGCCUUGUUGCUAUGUACUCUCCCUUUAAAGAAACGCUGCUCUCCAGGAAAUAUGUACAACUGUAGUUAUA